CGUAUCGCACGUUCCCAUCGAUAAUGCAUUCAUAUCGGCGGAUUAGGCGUAUUUUAAUUGUGUUAAUUUUAAUCUACCACACGUCGCUCAGUAAUUCAUACAGACUCCACAGGAAUAUGGAGGGCAAAGGUGGUUGUACCUUCGUCAAAUGUAAGAAAAACGAAAGGUGUGUCAACAGAAAAUUUUUAUGCGAACGUUACCCAUGCCCCAGUAUGCUGUACUGUGCAAAAACUCGUACAGAAUUACUCCGAGGACCCGCAUCCUGCGACUCCGUGAGGUGCACCAAGGGACACAUAUGCGUUAUCCGAGUGCGUCACUGCAAUUGGAGCCAGUCUUGUGGCGAUAGAGUUGCACGAUGUGUUACUGAACAAGAGUAUUACGAUGGUCCAGCUACGUGCGCUGGGUUCCGUUGUGCCUCAGGUCAACGGUGUAUCCUCAGGGAGUCACUCUGCACUCGACCUCCUUGCAAAUUAUUCAAGAGUUGUGCUAAUACCCAAGAGGUCCAUGUGUGGAUGGACAGAUGCAAAUCACUGGGCUGCGUGUCAGAGUACGAAUGCUUUCUCCGUCGACCCCCGGAAAACUGUCAACCCCAGCUCUGUCAACACACACCCGAUUGCAUAGCGACGACUGAGAAGGAACUACUUGCAAGUGAAAAGUGUAACGGUUGGGUCUGCCCGACAGGUCAACAAUGCGCUUAUCAAGUUCAAAGCCCCUGCACAAACGAGAACUGCAGGGUUAUUCGGUCGUGUCAUGGUCGACUGAGUCCAGUGAAUGGAUCAUCAGUACCAACUAUCCAUUAUCGGCAAAUGGAAAACAUAGAGUUGUUUAAACCGGGGGGAGAACGUCCACCUUCGUCAGCUCCCUGGAUGGAUAAUUUUCGGGCCCAGAGCAAUGCACAGGCAUUAAAAUACCUCGUUAAAGAGACCGCCGACGAAUUGCCAUACGAUCCGACGGAAUUUCACCACUGGCUAAACUCCGUGAAGGACAUUCUCGGCCAAAAGGCGUAUAAUCAAUGGCUAGAAGAGAUACGAACAAUAACGGUUCACAACAAGCCUUUUCACCACUGGUUUCGAGUUCUAAAUCCACGAAAUAGUACUGCCAGUAUUACACAACAGGAGAAACCGUUUUGGAAUAUUUUAAGAGGGAACGAUGAUCAUCCGGAGAACAAUGAGUUUGAUCUGAGAGAUGAGAUUCGUUAUAGAAAUUUUUUCACUGCUGACAGAAGCCAUGUGGAAUUAAAUCAAUUGUUAAGUAAAUUGAGAGAAGGACGACACAUGUAUUUAAAUGUUAUCAACAAGACAAGCGAAUUAGUUUCGACGGUCGAACACCUCCUGCCAUCGUUCCCCAUUGAUCACGUAGUAAAAGGCGUACAAGAACCUCCGGAGACUAGGAAAUUCAUGGAGGAAUCCCCAGAUACUAUGAGGGCUGAGAAAAAACCAACCCCGAGCACGAUUCCCAAAAUUGAGGAUUAUCAAACGGGUGAUUAUUCCAGUGAUAAUGAUACAGAUUUUGUCCUCGUUGAUUAUGGCGAAGGAGGACAGAUUGAAUUCAACGACACUGUUCCCAGAGUCGUCAUUAGGGUGGAGAACAACAUGCAUCAGCCAAUAAAAAUUAGCAAUAUUCAUUUGAAAUACGAAGACACUGAUAGUACAGAAAACCAGAACCAGACACAAUCAGUAUACGAUCAGCACACCUACGAUGUUGAUGAUUUCUACUACCUCAGACCGUCGGCUCAAAAUAAAACUACAAAAACCACCACAAAUCCGUGAAAUGCUCAAUUAUCUUCACCGCAAAUUCACGACGAGGGUUAAAAAUGCUUUUGUAAAUUUCCGGAAAGUCGAAGAGAAGUGUAAAAAGUGGAGAGAGAAACGGCAUUACAAUGCAUCCACUCUGACAAUUUUUUUGAAACAAGUAUUCGGGGCAAUUAGAGCAGACUGUAGUAUAAUGUCUAACUGGGUUGAAAUAAUCACCGCUGGAAUUUACCUGCAAUAGGCACCUACAAUUAAUCUGCCCGUUUAUUGGCAGCAUUAAUUACUUCAACCGGUAUUGGAAAGGACAAGAUUAUUCAUUAUUAUGGAAUCAAUAUUUUUUUAUAUUUGUGAGAUAAUGGUGAAAAAAUAUCCAAAUCUAUUUUUUUUAUUUACCUUUGCUACCAUAAUUCAUUGUAAAUCUUUUCUGGCUUAUGAAAAGGUGCCUGUGAAUGAUUAUCUGAAUUCCAAAU